UAUUUAUAAAUGAGCUCAUCUUCAUAACUGGACCCAUUCCGAAUUCGGACACUCCAAAGAGAAAACUGGUCGUAUUAUUCUCAUCACAAUGGCAAAAUAUUUGGGGAUUGUGCUUUCUUCAUUAUUCUUAUUCCUCGUCACGGGAACUAACGCCGUUUUCUGGGAUGAUUUGAGAGUCACUUGGGGUCCGGGUCCAGCCAUUGGCUUUUUUAGCCGUCUUCCUCGCGUUGUGACCACUGCAGUGGAACAAGGCUGGGUGGACGCUGGGAGUACCUCUUGCGAAAACGAUGGUCUCUUCUCAGGUUUCAGAUACAAACUCCGGAACGAAAACGAAAUCGCCGUUUUGUUCGACAAGAACGGUAUCAUUGCUGGAGUCCAAGUUCUGCUCCCAAAACAAGAAAUACUCAGCCCGAACAACACAUUUCGCUACGAUCUUGUCCCAAUGUAUCAAAAUGAGACUUUUAACGGAAUCGAUUUCUUCGUCCUGACGGCGUACUUUGUUCCACCAGCGUCAAUCUGUACUACGGGACGAACCCUUUUUGACCUAAUGACCGAGGGGACCGGGACUGGCCUCUGGUUCCAAAAUGGUGCCAGUCCAAACAACCAAAUUGACGUUCCCUUGACUAGACCCGAAGCUGCCGAAGUCGGGUGGACCAAUUGCGAAUGCUUUCCUGGCAUGGGCCUGCACAACUUUUUCGAAGUUGAAACAUGGGCAGAGACAGACUGUAACACGAUCCAACCGACACAGGCGACCUUUAACUUGGCCGGAGAAAUGACCGGAUUUGUUCUUCAAUCUAGUGGACGUGUUUCUUCCACCCGGUUCGAGUCGCCUCCUAAUGAAGCUCUCUAUGCAAUUAUUGGAGUCGAUAGAGUUCCGCAGUGUCUCAUUGAUAAUAACAACGCAGCUGGAACUUCAACUAUGCAUUUUUACUUCGUUGACGAGCCAUGGUUGUUGGCGUGCUCGGCGUAACGAGGAAUAAUAUGGAACAAUUAUGAAUCAAUGCUAACCUGGAUCCAACAAUGUAGAAAUUUAAAAUAAAUCGCAAUUAUGAAUCAC